AUGGAGUGCGUCGACGCCCUUAAUCAUCUUGGCCUUUCACCCAACGUCAGACUAGAAGUUAUUCAUGAUAAUCUCGAUAUAGAGCUGUUGUUUCAAGCCUUCAUUUCUAAGGUUUCCCGUCCUGAUAGGACUCCAAUCCGAAGCCUGUAUGUUUUUGGAGGCAUAGGUGAUGACGUGUGGAUACAAGCCUAUGAAGAUGAUCGUCAGGCAAUCUUUGCGGCUUUGUUGGACAAGGAUACGGGGGGUUUUCCCGAGUCCGGAAGUGCACAAUUUGAUGAGGUAUCGUGGAGGAUUAUGAUUCCGUCUGGGCACAAAUUUACUCGGAGCACGGUUGCUCUUUUACACAAGACACUGCCACUUGUGGAAGUGAGCCUCUUGUUCGUCACAGGAGACGACCUAUCAUGUGCCGAUGAAUGGACAGAUGCAUUUGGAGCGAUGAAGAAGCUCUCUGUGCUUUGGACCCACGGCGGGAUAUGGGAUGGAAUACUGAAGACUCAGUCAUUGCGAUGA